AUGAGUGUAUAAAUUUCUUCUUCUGAAUCAGAUGAAAAAUCAUUUAUAUAAACUGAAUAAGAAAGAAUACUAAAGAAGUCUAAUAUUUUCAAGUAGAAAGAAUAAUGCAAUAAUAGUUGUGCAAAACAUCCAAAUAAAAAAGUAUAACAAUAUUAUUAAAUUAGGCAAAAUAUUAUGUUCAAUAAGAUAUUAGUAAAUUAUUUUGUUCUAAAUGUGCUUUGAAUUUAGCACUUAAAGGAUUGAAAAUAGAGGAAACAUAAGAAAAAUAAGAAAAAUAACCUGAAAUUUAUAGAUAAUAAAGAAUUUAGAGUUUUUAAGAGUAGUUAAGAGAAGUUCUAAAAUAAUGUUCAAUUAAGUUUAAGAAACUAAAUAAUCUAUAAAUAAAUUCUUCAAAGUAAUUGUAGGAUUAAAAAGAUAAUUGUAAUUUAUUCUUUGAAUUUGUUAUCAAUAUUGCUAAAUAAUUGAAACUAACUUAUUUGUCUAAAAUAGAAAAUGAUCACAUAAAUUAAUUAAACUAAGUUACAGAUAAUAUAAGUCUUAUUUAAUAAAUUGAUACUUAAUUAAAAUAAUAUGAAAUUGAUAUUACUACAAAUCAUGAAAAUAUAGUUAAAAAUAUGGAAAUGAAACCAUUUGAAGAUAUUAUGAGUAGAUAUGAUAAAAAAGUGUCUUAAGUUAAAUAAUAGAUUCAAGAAUUUAAUUAAGAAUAUAUCCAAAAAUCAAUUUAAUUUGAAUAUAAUUAAAUAUUAACUACAAUGAAUAAGAUGUGUUAUAAUUUAUUAUUAAAUACUGAAGAUUCCUCUGAAUAUGUUAAUUAUUAAAUUUAAAAUUAAAAUACUCCAAAAAUAAUACAUAAAGCUACAAAUUCUCCUAUAAAUAUGAAGGUAUUUGAAUUAUUGAAAGGUGAUGAUAUAUAUUAGAGUACUUGUUCUAAUCCAGUAAAAGAUCAUAUAUAAUCUCCAGGAAAAAGCUCAACUCAAAUAUUAUAACAAUAGUAAAAACAAAAAGAGAAUGCAUUUUCUAAUCAAGUAUUAAUUUUAUAGAAUUCAAAGAUAGAAAGUAAUACUUAUACUAAUACUCCAGAAAAUUGGUAAUUUAAGGUUUUUUAAGAUAGGAAAAAUCAUUAAGUAACUCCUAAUGAUAGAGAUAGUGUUAAACAUAAUAUCAGUGUGGCAGAUUAAAUAAAUAAUAAUUAAUUUGAAUUGAAUGAUAAAUGUAUUAUUUAAUAAUCUGAAAAGUAAAAUACAACAAUUGAAUGUUAAAAAUAAUAAGAAAAUUCAAAUUAAUUAUUAAAUAAUAAUAUUAAUUAGUUAUAUAUAUAAAGACAAACAAAAGAGAUUGAUAGAAAUAGUUUUGAAGAUCGAUAAUUAACACCUAAACAUUAAAAACACUUUACAAAUGCAAUACCAUAAACUUUUAAGUUAAUAACCAAUCAUAUAAAUUAAAAAUGUAAAUAUGUUCAUCUAUUCAAGCAUAAUAUCAAUAUCCUUUAGUAAAUAAUAAUUUAUUAGAAUAAAAGAAUUAAACAGAAUUUUCUAAAAAAAAUUAUGAUUCAUAACCACAAUAAUAAUCAUUAACUCCUCUUCAUUAAGAACUUUAUUCUAGAAUCAAUAAUUAAUAGAAUCAUAAAUAAGAUAAUAAUAUGAAUAGAAGAACAAAUUCAAAAUAACCAUCUCUAGAUUAAAUAGAAGGAAAGAGAUAAUUUAUACUUGCUAAUAUGAAUAUAUAAUAAUAUACCUCUUAAGCCAAUUAAAAUACAACAAAUGAAGAUACUCUGAAAGAUAGAAUAAUUAAGGAAUUAUGCAGUCAUCCUGGAGAAUCUAUUUAUAAUCAAGUCUUAAAGUAGAAUUGCCAAUCAAAACAAAAAAAUUAAAAAUAAACCUCAAAAGAAAACAUUGAAUAAUCAACUACAUUGAGAAUGAAAAAUAUUAGUGGAUACUAAUGUAUUAAAAAAUAAUCCUAUUAAUAAUGA